UUUAGAUUCAUGCAACAAAAAACUGCAACGAAACUAGUAAAUUAUGCUCCAAUAAUAUUGCAGUGUGUAAAAUACCACAGUCAUAGCGAAGAGAGGCGAGGCUUCAGAAAAAAACUUGCUGUAGUGUUAUUUGGAUCUGUACUUGUCGGAAAAUCUUUAGCUGAGGAAGUCAUUAAAUCAGAAAAUAACAUCAGCGAAAAGCCUGCAACUAAAGAUAGCAAUGAGGAUAAAGAUGGAGUCACUGAGGCAGGGGCUAAGCAACCAGGAUUACCCGUGUACAGUGCAGAAGAAGUCAGCAAGCAUGAUUCCACUGACAGCUUUUGGGUGACGUACAAACACGGCGUAUAUGACGUCACGUCGUUCCUCCCCUCCCAUCCGGGCGGGGAGCAGAUCCUGAACGCAGCCGGUCUUAGUAUAGAACCGUUCUGGAACGUCUAUGGGAUGCAUAAAACUAAGGAGAUAUAUACUCUGCUCGAGUCGUAUAGGAUAGGUAAUCUUCGAGACGAAGACGUAGUGGACCACUCGGACGACGAGAUGUGGGUAAAGGAGCCAGUGCGGGACCGCAGACUCGUCAUCAAGACAGCCAAGCCGUUCAACGCCGAGAUACCCAUGAAACUGCAAGUGGAAAACUUCGACACACCCAACGAACUAUUCUACGUCCGUCAACACAUGCCGGUACCCGAAGUGGAGGCCGAGACGCACACACUCCGCAUCAACAUCGCGGGCCGCGACAGUUCAGUGACGUUCACACUACAAGACCUGGCCAAGUUCCGGCAGGCGAGCGUGCGGGCCGCGCUUAUGUGCGCGGGGAAUAGGCGAAGCGAAAUGAAUAAGCAGGUGAAGCCAGUGAAAGGUCUGAGUUGGCAGGGCGGCGCCAUUAGUAACGCGGUCUGGAGUGGCGUGUACUUGCGCGACGUGCUCAAACACUGCGGCGUGGAUAUGGAGGACACGCAAGGGAAACACAUCAUAUUCACAGGUUCUGACAUAGACGCGACCGGCCACAACUUCAGCACGUCUAUCCCACUCCACAUGGCCGUUGACCCCAGCUCGCGUAUAUUACUGGCUACUCACAUGAACGGCGCCGUGCUACCGCCGGACCACGGGUACCCGCUGCGCGUGGUCGUGCCCGGCGCGCCCGCGGUGCGCAGCGUCAAGUGGCUUGAAUCCAUAACGAUAGGUUAUGACGAGAGUUCAUCUCACUGGCACAAGCAAGACUACCGCUCUUUCAACCCGUCCAAGACUUGGGAGACCGCGGACUUUGCCACCGCGCCGCCAGUUUAUAGUCUACCGGUGACGUCGGCUAUAUGCGACCCGGCGGAUGGAGAUACGGUCAAGAUGAAGGAUGGCUGCAUAGAAAUUAGAGGAUACGCAUACUCCGGCGGCGGCGCGAAGAUCCUCCGCGUGGACUUGAGCACGGACCGAGGCCAAUCAUGGGUGGAGGCCGAAUGUACGACAAGCGACGACGCGCCGCCGUACCACUACUCCUGGGCGCUGUGGACAGCUAAACUUCCAGCUAAGAGGGGAGAGAUGGAGCUAUGGGUGAAAGCGACCGACAGCAAUUUCAACACACAGCCGGAAAAGUUCGACGACAUUUGGAACAUCCGGGGCAUCCUCAGCAACGCCUACCACAAAAUUAAGAUACAAGUAGACUGAAAACCUCGCCUUAUUGUUUGUCAGA